UUCAAGGUUUCUCAAAACCCUAUAUAUAAUCCAACACACUUAACAAAUUAAAUAUCUCCAACCAAAACACACGAUUAAGCUCAAAGCAGUAAACAAAACCCAAAAGAUGUCUCAAAAACUCAUGUUCUUGUUCACCCUUGCCUGCCUCUCCUUAUUACCAUCUCUUUUAUUCUCCGCCGAAAUACCGGCCACCGGAAAUGCCACUUCACCGUCAAACGUAUGUCGAUUCGCGCCGGAUCCAUCAUACUGUAGAUCGGUUCUUCCAAACCAGCCCGGAGAUAUAUACUCCUACGGCCGUUUCUCCCUUCGACGGUCUCUCUCAAGGGCCCGCCGUUUCAUUUCGCUGAUCGACGAUCAACUUAACCGGAAAGGCAAAGUGGCAGCUAAAGCCACCGUGGGGGCUCUCGAAGACUGCAAAUUCCUAGCCAGCCUGACUAUGGACUUCCUCCUUAGUAGCUCACAGACCGCCGAUUCCACCAAAACGCUCUCGUUAUCUAGGGCCGAGGAUGUUCAUACAUUUCUGAGUGCAGCCAUCACCAACGAACAGACUUGUCUUGAAGGACUUAAAUCAACGGCAUCAGAAAAUGGUCUCUCCGGUGAUCUUUUCAACGACACAAAACUCUAUGGGGUGUCUCUUGCCCUUUUCUCCAAAGGUUGGGUGCCAAGAAGGCAAAGAUCGAGACCAAUUUGGCAACCACAAGCCCGCUUCAAAAAGUUCUUCGGUUUCCGUAACGGUCGACUACCGUUAAAGAUGACGGAAAGGGCACGUGCCGUUUACAACACCGUGACUAGAAGUGGGAGAAAGCUUCUCCAAGCUGAAACAGACGCCGUUCAGGUGAGCGACAUUGUGACGGUGAUCCAGAACGGGACGGGAAACUUCACGACCAUAAACGAGGCAAUUGCAGCCGCGCCAAACAAAACAGACGGUAGUAACGGUUACUUCUUGAUCUACGUAACGGCGGGAUUGUACGAGGAAUACGUGGACAUUCCCAAAAGCAAGAGGUAUGUUAUGAUGAUCGGUGACGGCAUUAACCAAACGGUUAUCACCGGGAACCGUAGCGUCGUUGAUGGAUGGACCACUUUCAAUUCCGCCACAUUUAGUGAGUUCAUCUUUAAUCCCCCAAAACUAGUGGCCACAUUUUGGGAGGAGANUGGUGGGGACUUGUCUGUUUUCUAUAGUUGCAGUUUUGAAGCCUAUCAAGACACCUUAUACACACAUUCUCUCAGACAGUUUUAUCGUGAAUGUGAUGUAUAUGGUACCGUGGAUUUUAUAUUCGGUAAUGCGGCGGUGGUAUUACAGAACUGUAAUUUGUAUCCGCGUCAACCUCGUAAAGGUCAAUCGAACGAAGUAACGGCUCAAGGCCGCACUGAUCCGAACCAGAACACUGGAACGGCGAUCCAUGGUUGUACCAUAAGACCGGCGGAUGACUUGGCAACGAGCAACUAUACAGUGAAAACUUAUCUUGGUCGACCUUGGAAGGAAUAUUCGAGAACCGUUGUAAUGCAAACUUACAUAGACGGUUUUCUUGAGCCGAGUGGUUGGAAUGCAUGGUCCGGCGAUUUCGCAUUGAGCACACUUUACUAUGCGGAAUACAAUAAUACCGGACCCGGAUCUAACACCACAAACCGAGUCACUUGGCCAGGUUAUCACGUCAUCAACGCUACUGAUGCUUCCAACUUCACGGUCACUAAUUUCCUUGUUGGUGAGGGCUGGCUCGGACAAACCGGAGUGCCUUUCGUGGGUGGACUGAUCGCGUAAAUAACCUUAUACGUACUAUUAAUUAGUGACAUGUUAAUUAAUUAUAGUAUUGUUUAAUUAUUCAUGUGUCUGUCUUUUUGGUUUUCAAUCAUAUAAUUAUUUUAAGUGGUGCCUGAUUCCAUUA